UCUAUUCGCAACGUUCUUUGUUAAGAUCGAGUAAGUUACGACUCACAACCCCACCAACCAACCAGAGAAGAUCAUGUCCGGCCGUGGCAAGGGAGGCAAAGUCAAGGGAGCGUCCAAGACCCGCUCGAGCCGUGCCGGGCUGCAGUUCCCGGUUGGUCGGAUCCACCGUCUGCUGCGGAAGGGCAACUACGCCGAACGGAUCGGUGCCGGUGGUCCGGUCUAUCUGGCGGCCGUCAUGGAGUAUCUGGCCGCGGAGGUGCUCGAGCUGGCCGGAAACGCCGCUCGGGACAACAAGAAGACCCGCAUCAUCCCGCGGCACCUGCAGCUGGCCAUCCGGAACGACGAAGAGCUGAACAAGCUGCUGUCGGGAGUGACCAUCGCGCAGGGCGGCGUCCUGCCCAACAUCCAGGCCGUGCUGCUGCCCAAGAAGACCGAGAAGAAGGCUUAAGAGGUAUGCCUGCCUGAAGCCGUCGGACAAUGGCUACGACCCCCUCCGUGAGGAGAACACGCGAAACAAUCAAAAACCGUCCUUUUCAGGACGACCAUUUUGUUUACGAAAAGAGUCUGUUUCAAAAAAUUCUCUCGAUGAUUGCAUUUUCUAUAGUAGAGUUGAAAUAAGAUCCCUGUAUUACUCCAAAAUGGUUGUUGUUCGUCGUGUACAUUUUAUGAAAAACACUUAAAUGUUUUAACAAUUUUGGUGUAGGAGACAAAUAUUUGUGAAUUUUAAAUACCGUAAAAUGGGAUGACUUUAAUAGCCGGGGUGACUUUGAUAGGCUUGAGAUUUUUCCGCAAACUGAAGAGUACAAUUUAAAUACGUACGGAAUGGUAUGGAAUCAUUUUGACCGUGGUAGAGAAGAGUUCAAAGUACAUCUAGAAGAAGUUUUCAU